GAAAAAUUAUCAAACCUCAACUUGUUCCAUUCGAAUGAACACACAGUGAUUUCGGUGGUGUUCAUAAGUCUUAUUAAACGGUUAACUACAAGUUUAAUCCCGACAAAAAAUAUCCUAAAUUAGUUUCAUUUACACGAGAAACAAAAACAAAAAACUUAAAACAAAAUGAAAUUCUUUGUUGCUACAAGUUGUGUGCUUUUAUUGGCCUCAGGCAUCCUUGCCAAUCCAGCCAUCAAGGAUAACACUGUUGAGCAGAAUGGUGUGUUCGCCAAGUGCUUGGAAGCUGAUUCAAUUUCGUGUCUGCAAUUAACGCUCUACCGCAAAGCCAAAUCCUUCUUCGAUAAUCCCCAAAUUGAAUUGUUCGGCGGUGUUUCAUUGAUCAAGUCCAAUGAAGGUCGUCAAGGUAAGGCUUUGGAUGAAACCGCUGUUGCCGUUGAAAAUGCCCCCACCAUUGAGGCCCGCACCACAGAAAUGGGUAACUACAUGUUGACCAAUGCCAAGAACUUCUUUGCCGAACGCUCCUUGAACUUCAACUUUGCCAAUGCUGCCCGUUCCGUUGCCCGCGCCAUUCCCGAUGACAUCAAGGCUGAUUUGCGUGAAUUGGUUGUUGAAUCCCGUACCGGCAAGAAGAAGAAGUUGUUGAAGAAAUUCUUGCCAAUCUUGUUGGGUGUCGGUGCUAAGGUCGCUGUCUUGGGUAUUGGUUCCAUCUUCGGUUUGUUGUUCAUUGCCAAGAAGGCUCUCGUCAUCUCCAUCAUUGCCUUCUUCUUGGCCUUGGCUGCUGGUGCUGGUAGCGGUUUGAGCCGUUUGGGCGGUUCCGGCGGUGCUGGUGGUCUUUUGGGCGGUUUGGGUGGUUUGUUCGGUGGAAAGAGCUCCGGUGCUGCUUCCGUUGGUUCAUCCGGCUCUGGCGGUUGGUCCUCAGGUGGUGCCGCCACUGGUGGCUGGUCAUCUGGCAGCAGUGCUGGCUGGGAUUCCCAUGGUGCCUACAGUUCUCCCGUUGCCCAAACCAUUGCCUACUCCGGCUACAAACAAAGCAGACGGUAAACAGUCUGGCAAUGUUUAUUUUAGGGUAAUCACAACGACACUAAUUUAAAACGAAAGGAUAAGAACAAAUUCAACUAGGACCCACUUUAUAACAAAAUUCUUCAGUUACGAAUCGAUAAUUUAAUUUAUUUUUAUUUAUUUUAAUUUAUUUUUAUUUAAUUUAUUGAAACCAUAAAAAAAUCAUGAAAAAAUGUGCCUUAGGAAUGAGAUUUGUUAUUCAAAAGUUAGGUUUUCGUUUUGGAAAAGCAAUCCUUUCGAUUUUCCCACGAGAUGACUAACAACGACACAAUACAAUUUUUAGAUAUCUAAGUUUGAAUAAUUUCCUCUUUUGAACCUCACUCUCUUUAAAAGAGGAACAUUAUAACUUUUUCUAAUAAUUUUGCAGCUGAAGGACCCAAACACACACAGACAUAUGUAUAUGAAAAACGGUUAUCACAAAAUGCAUGAAAACUAGUCAGCAUUUAAAGUAUUGUGUUAACGGUUUUCAUCUCUCUCGCUGUCUAUCUCUCUAUCUUUACUAUACCUACUUAUGCUAUAUUUCAUUUCCUUUGUAUUCUUAACUCUUGCACUAUUUCUAUUCUCUCAUUCUGUACUCUCUUCUACUCCUUGAUCUAAUACUAUCUCUGUCACUAUUUCAUUUCACUUUUUUCCAUUGUGAAAACACCUAUCGAAAAAAUACAAACUCAUGACUUUUUCUUAAAAAAAAACUUUGCAUCUUUUCUUUCUUUUUUCUCUUCAUUUUUUGGGUUUAUACUUUAAUUUCAGACACCAAACAAAGCAGCUAUUUGUACAAUUCAUUAACACUUUUUCCAGUUCAUUCAAAGCAAAUUUCUCCACAAACUUUCAUUUCUCAAACAAAAUAAACAAAUCAUAAAUUUUUAUACUUUGUCAUUGGAAUUCUUUCAGACUCAUAACUAAUACAUCUACACACACACAUACAUUCUCGUUUGUACGCACCUCAAUUCCAUCAAACAUUUCAUAAUUUAAUCUUUUUUCAAAGACAGUUUUCAAACAAAACAGUCAUCAUCAGCUCUAUUCAUUGGCAAACGACACCACAAAUUAUGACAUUUCUUUAUUCACAGACAUCUCAAGAUGUGAAUUCCCCUUUGGACUGCAUACCUCAGGCAGUCUUCCAUUUCUCUCCCCCAUUGCUCCUUGACAAUGUUUCACUUCAUUAAAUUUUUCUUCUUCUUUUCUCCAAUUCGCCUGUUACAGAGCACUGCCUGCUUUGUCAUUACCCUUAACUCGCAUUAUUAGACUUUUUUUGUAUUUGCCGUCAUCUUAUAAAGCUGGAAAAGUCUCAUUAAAGCCCACACAAAUUCAUUCACUUCAUUUCCUUAGUUUUUUUUUCAUUUAUAUUUUAUUCCCCCUGAUGUUUGUUCACCAUUUCAAAAUCUUUACUCAGCUGAGCUGACAUGCAAAUUACACUUCUCCUCCCCCUUGGGCAACAAAUUUCUAUUCAUAUCCCCACCUUAACCUUUCAUCCUCUGUCAUUUUCAUUUUCUAUCUUGCAAAACAUUUCGAAAACGAAAACCGACAUGUCAUUAUCUUUUUGAUUAUGAUAUUCAGAAAUAAACUUAAAAAUUUGAAUGUAA